UAAUUAAUACAAACACCUAAUCUAAGAAGAUGUUAAAGCAGAAAGUAAUUAGCAAAUUAUGACUUUUACAGAUCGAAGAUAAACAUGACGAGAUGUUGAGUCUUUAGAGAAUUAUCAAAAAUAAACCGCGACUCAUGCCGCUCAAGGUAUGGCAGAUGACCAUGCCAGAAGAGCUGUCGUUGCCGGUGCAGCGCGUGCUGCGUACCAUGAUCUCGGGCAUUAUGCUCGUGCAGUGCUUCACGGUCUACGUGUAUCUGGCAUCGUACAUAGUCCUCCUCUAUCCUGUUUUCCUGGAGGAACGUCCGACCUUAGUUCUACCGUGGCUUUUGCUGGCUGCGAUAAGGAAGCUACUGUGUGAAUUGACAAGUCUUGCCCUCGGUCUGGGCACUUGCGUCCUUUUGGGUGCCGCCCGACCACCUUGUAUCAAGUUUGUCGUCAUCAAGGUUAUUUCCAUUAUGCCUUCAUUUUACAUGUGGAUGCUUAUUUACGGUUACUAUCACGUUCUAAAAGUGGCAUCAGUGUUUAAAACAUUCCCCGUAGUUCUUCCCCCUAGCGAGCAUGAUUAUGGGCUGGAACUAGCCGUUAGAAGACGACGAACAAAAUCGUUACUAGGCGAGGAACAGCUGCGAAGGCGGCUACUUUGUAAUGUCUACAAUGAGCGUCACUCAUUGAACCCGGACGUCCUCAGACCCAGGCCCGACUACUCUUCAAGAAUGAGCCAUGCCACAGACACAAGUGCUGAGGACAACACUAAGGAAGAAAACGAUAUUAUGGUACAUCCCCUAUCGACUACUUCUAAUCGCAUCAUGUCAGAUACGGGAUGCUAUGACGAAUGCUUUGGCAGUGAAGUUAUGGUUCCACGCGAUUCAGAUCGUAUUCUCGAGCAAUUCGGAGUAAUGAUGCUUCGAAUUGGGGCAUACAUAUCUAAAGAAGGCAAUGAAUCAGCUACUUCACAAAUAUUAAAUUCAGCUACUUCACAAAUAUUAAUGGAACAUAGAAGAAGUAAUCAUGACUGCACAACUAUGCCUCCAGACGACACUGACACUCCACUACUUGUGGGAAAUAGCAAAGGAAGAACGGCGUCGUAUUUGAGAGAUUAUCCACAAAUCUUUGGCAAAAAGCCUUCUGAUAUUCCACUACAUUCAGAUAUGACUAUAACGCUAACUUCUGACGCCAGAAUUUCUCCUUCUCAAUUAUUGAGACAUCAAAGUCAAGUCAAUGAAAAUAAUAACACUACCGAUAAUAAUAAGUGUUCGAAUAGUAGCCCAUCUGACGAAGCCGUAUCUGUAGAGACGGAAACUCCAAGUACUUCGAAGAAAUUAGGCAACACAUCAAAUCAAGAUGUUAGGGAAAUAACACAAAACAAAAUACAAUCAGGUGUGUCAAGUGAAAAGUCAUAGUC